UGCCGGGGGAAGUAGAAGAACGUACGCCCAUGGCGAAAGCACCGCCAAAGUCAUUGAGAAUAACCCAAGGGCAGGGGUCUCGGGUGUGAUCCAUGGCUGGCUGUUGUAGUAAGAGGAGAGCUGAACGAUUGGAUGGACGAGAAGAGUCGAGACGGGGAAAAAGCGAGGCGAAGAAAAGAAAAAAAAAAAAAACGAACUCGACGGGGGAGGACGCGGGACGCUUAACCAGGCGUGGCGGUGAUGUUGAUAUUAGUGACGGGGAUGGAGAUGGAGAUGGAGAUGGAGAUGGGAAUGAAUGACAUGGGAGGACAUGGACGGCGUCGAGGUGGAC